GAUUUCAUUUUCCGUAGAUCUAAAAGGGAGGGUAGUGCUCGAACCAACCAUGGUUCGAGUUCAAGCCAAUGGUAGAAAGAGUGAGAACAUAAGGAGAUGGAUUGUAGUGGUGGUGGUAAUGGUGGUGGGUUGUGGCAGUGUUGCAGAUGGGAUUGGUGUGAAUUGGGGGACGAUGAUGGCUCAACCUCUGUAUCCUGAAAUCGUGGUUAAGAUGCUUCAGGACAAUGGCAUCAAACAGGUAAAGCUGUUCGAUGCAGAUCCUUGGACUCUGAAACCCCUUGCAGGGACUGGAAUCCAAGUCAUGGUUGCCAUCCCAAACAACGAGCUUCAACGAUUCAGCGAUGACUAUGGCAAUGCCAAGGAUUGGGUUAAGGAGAAUGUAACUUCACAUUUGAAGAACGAAGGCGGGAUUGAUAUAAGGUAUGUAGCGGUGGGGAAUGAACCCUUCUUGAAGAGUUACAAUGGAAGCUAUAUGAAGACCACAUUCCCAGCUCUACAGAACAUACAAAAGGCUCUUGAAGAUGCUGGGGUUGCAGACAAGGUCAAAGCCACCGUCCCCUUCAACGCCGAUGUGUACGAUUCUUCUUCCGGCAAACCCUCCGACGGCAACUUCCGUAAGGACAUAAGACAACUCAUGGUUGACAUGGUCAAAUUCCUCCACUCUAAUAAGGCACCUUUCGUUGUCAACAUCUACCCUUUCCUCAGUCUCUACCAAGACGCCGGCUUCCCGCUCGAGUAUGCCUUCUUCGACGGCGGCAGUACACCUACCCAAGACGGUAACUACCAAUACACCAACGUCUUCGAUGCUAACUACGAUACAUUAGUUCAUUCCUUGAAGAAAGCCGGCAUACCGGACCUAAAGAUCAUCGUCGGAGAAAUAGGAUGGCCUACCGACGGCAACAAACAAGCCACAAUUGCAAAUGCAAAGAAGUUUUACGACGGCUUCUUCAAGAAGAAGGCAACCAAGAAGGGUACACCACUAAGAGCAAAUGCAUAUGAAGAUGUUUACUUGUUUGGGUUAUUGGAUGAGAACAUAAAAAGUGUGGCACCAGGUGACUUCGAGAGACAUUGGGGGAUCUUUGGAUACGAUGGGAAGCCUAAGUUUACUAUGGAUUUCUCUGGGAAAGGGAACGAUAAGAUGCUAGUGGGUGCUAAAGGGGUGGUGUAUUUGGACUCACAAUGGUGUGUGUUGGAUAAGAAGAGCACCAACAUGGGAGCAGUGCCUAAGAAUGUAGACUAUGCAUGUUCUUUGGCUGAUUGUACACCCUUGGAGCCUGGAUCUUCUUGCAGUCAAUUGGAUAAGAAUGGAAAGAUAUCAUAUGCUUAUAAUAUAUACUUUCAAAUGCAAGCACAGGAUGUACAGGCUUGUGACUUUGAGGGUACAGCAACUAUCACUAAAGUUAAUGCCUCUCAGAAUGGUUGCCUUUUUCCAAUUGAAAUUGCUAGCUCAGGUCAUCGUGUGGAGCUAUUGCUGCCUGUUAUGUUGUUCUUAUUUUUCAUCAUUCUUAUGUUUUGACUCUUUAUCUAAUUAAGGGAAAUUACCCUCCCUUUGCAUUAUUAAUUAAUAAACCCUUUUAAAAUUA